AACAAUGAAUGGGAACCAAUGGCUGCCUGGAAAGGUAGCAGAAAUACACCUACAAAUCUAAAGCAUCAUGGUUUGCAAAAUCGUUAGCUGUGAUGUAGGUGAGUUUUAGAACACACAAACACUGAUAUGGUAUGGAAAAAAAUGCCCAUGUGACACCAGACGAGACAGUUAGUCUGAUGAGUUCACAUUAUCUGGUUUAAUCCCCUAACUUUGAAAUUGACAGGAUUUAUAGCCAAUGUACCUUUUAUCUAAUUAUAUGGUGUCAAAAGUUUUAAAUUACCCAGUACGAGUUUAAAAAGUUCUGUCCUUUGUAUACAUGUUACCAAUCCUUUAUCACUGUAAGUGUCAAGUUGAGUACUGACAAUCCUCACACACACACACACACACAGUCACACACACAGUCACACACACAGUCACACAGAGAGAUACAGGCUGAGGUUAAGAAAACAUAGCCAAGCAUCAGUAUUUUCCAGGGAGUCUCCAUUAUUUCUGGCUUGGGGUCUCUAAUGGUAUUUCAUUGUAAUUGCUAUGAUGUCAGCGUGUCCGCCCUAAUGGCCUUCUAAAAACAACAACAAGGACAGAUUGCUUCCAUUCACUGGUUGUUGUCUGGGCAGAGAGACACCAGAGUCCAGCAGCUCAAACCUCUGCAAGAUCAUCUGAAAAGGAUUCCCAGCAUGCAUCUCCAUCCCCUGUCCCUCUCUUUCCUCUUCCUCCUGGUUUCCGGGGCAGCCGUGGUGUGCGUUGCAGUGACAGCCACGCUCCAUGGUUUCCGAGGCUGCGCGGUGCGAGAGUUCUCUUUUGUGGCCCAGAAGCCUGGCUGCAAGGGACUGCUCAUCACCACAGAGGCCUGCUGGGGGCGCUGUCACACCUGGGAGAAACCUGUACCAGAUCCCCCCUACAUCCAGCGACACCACCGUGUGUGUACGUACAGUCGUACCCGCCACAUGACCGCCCGCCUGCCAGGCUGCCAGCCCGAUGUCUCCCCUCUCUACCACUAUCCCAUGGCUCUGCACUGCCACUGUGCCGUCUGCUCCACACAGGACACAGAGUGUGAGACCUUCUGAUGGGCAGGACACUGCUUUCAGCUAACAGUGUUAUCAACAGUUUUACUGUCAUGAAUGCCACUGAAUAAAAUGAUGAAAUCAA